AUGGCGUACCUCAAGGUCGUGCAAGGCGUCGCGGUGCCCCGCUUUUUUCCAGAUGACGCUGUUGUUUCGGCACUGUCGUACAAGGGACGCGCUGGUGAAGUUUACGUCACCACGUACCCCAAGUGUGGGACAACUUGGGUCCAGUACAUAGCAUACGGCAUCUUUCACGACGGCCAACCACCGACAGAUUUGGUGCAAUUCUUCAGGGACUCUCCGUUUCUAGAGCUCUUCGGCGUCGAUGCCCUGGGAGCUAUGCAUGGAUCGGGGACCAUCAAGACUCACUUGCCCAUCGCCAAUAGACGAGUUUCUUCCGAAGCUAAAUAUAUCUAUGUCGCCCGGAACCCCUACGAUGUCUGUGUCUCGUCCUACCACCAAACGAGGACACACACGAUCAACGAAGAUGAUGUCGACGACUUCGGCGAGUAUCUUAGACGCUUCAUCACCGGAGCUGUUAGCUACGGAGAUUACCUGGAAGGCAGCCUCCUCCCGUGGUAUUCGCGAAGGAACGAGAAUAAUGUUCUCUUUUUGACCUACGAAGACCUAUGUGCUCAAACUGUGUUGCAAGUCAAGCGCAUUGCCGAAUUCAUAGGAAAACAAUACGGUCAACGCAUACAGAGGGACUCGGCAAUGUUGCAACGUGUGCUGGCCAUGUCCUCCAAAGAGCAGAUGCGUCCAAUCUUUAGGGAUUACAUGAGACAGGCAGUCCAGUUUCUGGUGCAACAAAGGACCAGCAGAAACGUUCCUAUCUCACCAGAGUUGCAGAAUGUUCUGAAGUUUUUAAAUGAUCGUCCUCCAAGGCACGAGUUUGUUCGCAGCGCGGCCGUAGGCGAGUACGAAAGCUUCCUCGCUGAAGGAGACAAGGUGGCGCUGAGAAACUGGAUUUCCUCAAAAACGCUCGGUAGUGACGUCAUGAGCCUGUGGCCAGGCAUCUGCCUUCCGUAA